CUUCUCAAAACCGUCACCCUCGACAGCAACUAGUCGCACGGCUGCACCAUCGAGACGGGCUAGGCCAUAAUAAAUGGCCAAUUCCAAUCGCAUGUAAGCGCCAUACCAAAAUCCACGCCCACUCUCAUGCCUACGGCUGCCGGGGCCCGGGCCCUGCUGUCGGCGAAGGCUCGUCAACGACUUCCCCGCGUCGCCGCCGACGCGAAUUCGACGGUUGUCGUCGCCUUUGCCACUCUACACAGCAUCCUUCCGCAUCGACUGCAUGCUCUCUGCAGCCCGCAUGACACUGUCGCAGCAAUCCGCGGAUUUCACACGUCGUCGUCCCUCCUCAACAGGCCCGACGACCCAAACUCCGAGAACGCCGCCCCAUCCGCCGACUCGAACAAGGACAAGGAAACUGGCACUGCGGCAGGGAAGAGUCAGUCAAUUGAGACACCCAAACCUGCUGUUUCCGAGAACAGCAAACCGGUCGAGGGUCCUGCCCGAGUGGGAGCCGAACCCGCUGUCGCUGCUGCUAUCGAUGUGGAUGCUAGACGGGAGAAGCUGAAGAGCGCGGGCUACGGGUCGGCGCGCGCUCGCGCCAACCGCAACAGCCGUGUUGAGGAGCAUCCCGCCCCGAAAGUGCCUCUCUGGUUCCUGUCCGACUGGCAUGUCUCUCUGUACGAAUUUCGCGCCCUCGGCGUCCCGGCUACGCGGCUGCCUCCUCUGGGGGAAGAAGACCACCAGCAGCUGAUGAUGGUGAUGGAGAACGUGUUGGACCAGGCGGCCCUGUCCGAAGCGGAGGUGCAGCGGCAAAAGGACAUGCUGCUCCGCUUCGCUACGAGGUAUUCAUCCGAUGACUCCUUCGUCCGCAGGCUACCGCGAAGUUUUCAGGCAUUCCAUGCCGCCGCUUUCUUUCAAGCACUUUUGGCUGUGUAUCAUUCCGGAGCAGAUUCAAAUGAAGCCCACGUUGAGUUGUUGCGCCAACACCACGCAGAUCACCUCAAGACUAGGCCGUUGUGGUGGCCCCUACCUGAAAAGCUUGUGUCUGGUGAGGCUCAGCGCUGGCUCGCAAAUGCUCGCUUCGACGCGCCCCCAGGGUCGGGGAUACACAUCAGCCCGCUGGCGAAAAGGCCCGAACCCGAAUACUCUGUCUGCAUGGAGCUUCUGGCUGCGGUACAGUCCCAGCUGGCUACGCACCCUCUCUCCGGCAACCGCCCAGACUUACGCCCUCCUCCAGUUGUCCUGGCAAUGCUCAACUGCCAGGGGCCGACAAUCGCCAACAAAGUGAUCGAAGACAUUGCCACUGAUCUGAAGGCGGAUGUGGUGCAUUUUAGCGCACAUAGCAUCGCACGCCUAGUGGGAGGCUAUCUUGGCCAGAACCAAUACUCGGCCCGCGGCUCCGUAUCCAUGCUCGGCUACGCCGCUGCUGAGAUGAACGGCAGGCUCGCCCUCCGGCCCGAUGCCGAGUCGGACCAAGUCGGCAUGGUCGCUGUUGAGCUGCCUUCACGCUUGCGGUCCUUCCUGUCUCCAAGAGAGGGCUCGGCAGCCGGCUUAUCCAGUGGUCGCUGGGAGGACAUGCAGAUGGGGACAGCUCUGGAGGGAUUCAUUGCCGCCGUUAAUACAACCCGCCAAUUGCACAAGCACCCACCUUACCGACCCCUCACUGGCGAAAUCAAAGUGGAAGAGGACCACCGGGAUCUUAUUAUCCAUAUUCACGACUAUGUGGAACUUAGCUCUUUGUAUCCCGCCCUGCUCCACAAGUUUCGGGCUGUUGCCGACCGCGUGUCCAUGGCAGGGAGGAAAGUGAUCGUCGUGGGUUCCUCCGGGAGCGAUAUGAGCAAGUCCCAGUGGCGGGAUCAGCUCGACGACUUGGGCCGAGACGGAAACGCCCAUGUUAUUCCGUUCCAUGCUUCCGAAAAGGAUAUGAACGGGGUCUUAAACAGUGUCUUGGCAAAUCUAGACAACAGACGUCAAAAUAUCGACAACAUCGAGGACAUGCUCGGGGUCAUGGUUGGAGACCAGGUUCCCAUUACCUUUAACGAGUUCUCGACUGCGGCAGAAGAGAAAAUACCAGAGCAGAUCCACAAAGUCCUAGGUUCGAUCCUGGACAAGCACGUCUAUGAUGCGCAAUGGGUACACCGUCUCGUAUCCUUGAUGGUAGGCGGUCAGACGGGGCCGCGGGACGAGUAUGGCCCAAGUGAGCUGGCUUAUGCUGUGCAAUUCAUGCUCGACAGGAACAAACGCUGGGCCGACGUGUACCCAUCCGUCCGGCCCCCGUACUGCUCCCCUCUCUCGAUCCCACGAAGCCCCGCCUCCUAUUCCUCAGACGACCCUCCCGACAGCAGCAUCUCGGGCGAGACUGGCACCAAGGAAUACAGCAGCGCGGAAAAGAAGCUCCUCUCAGGCCUGAUCAACGCCAAGGAUAUCCACACCACCUUCAACGACAUCGUCGUCCCGCAAGAGACCAAAGAAUCCCUAAUCGGCCUGACCACCCUCUCCCUCAUCCGGCCCGAGGCGUUCUCGUACGGCGUUCUCAAAACCGAGCACAUCCCCGGCUGCCUGCUGUACGGGCCCCCCGGUACGGGCAAGACGCUCCUCGCCAAGGCCGUGGCCAAAGAAUCCGGCGCGAGCGUGCUCGAGGUCUCGGCCGCCGACAUCAACGACAAGUGGGUUGGCCAGAGCGAGAAGAACGUGCAGGCGCUCUUCUCGCUGGCGCGCAGGCUGGCGCCCUGCGUCAUCUUCCUCGACGAGGCCGACGCGCUGCUCGCGGCCCGCAGGUCGGGCGCCGGCCGCGCCGCCCACCGCGAGGUCAUUACCCAGUUCCUGCGCGAGUGGGACGGCCUGACGGGGUCCCCCGCGGGCAAGUACUUCAUCAUGGUCGCCACCAACCGGCCGUUCGACCUCGACGAAGCCGUCCUGCGCCGCCUGCCCCGCAAGAUCCUUGUCGAUUUGCCGCUCACCCCGGAGCGCGAGGCCAUCUUGCGGGUGAUGCUCAAGGAGGAGACGCUCGCACCGGAUGUGGACUUGGCGGCGCUGGCGAGGGAGACGGAGCUGUACUCCGGGUCGGACCUCAAGAAUCUUUGCGUUUCGGCCGCCAUGGAGGCCGUGAGGGAGGAGGUGCGUGCUAAGGAGGCUUGGACGGGGGAAGCGGAGUAUCAGUUUCCUGAGAGGCGGGUGUUGGAAAAGAGGCAUUUUGACAAGGGGCUCAGGGACAUCAGUGCGAGUAUUAGCGGGGAUAUGGAGAGCUUGAAGGCGAUUCGAAAGUUUGAUGAGCAGUAUGGCGAUGCCGGCAGAAAGAGGAAGAUUAGGAGAGGGAUAGGGUUCGAGGUGGUGCCUGAUGACGGGAAGGGGUUGUCGGGCGAGGCGAGGGUUAGGCAAGUGGGAACAGCUGCUGCGUAAGGCGAUGGGUGAACGAGGUGCGAAGGGAAAGUAGAAGGGGCGAAUGGAGUUUUGUGGUGGGAUUUGAAAGACUGUAAUUGUAGUGAGAGUGUGCAAUUCUGGGUCAGGGGCUCCUUUGGCCGUUGUUGUACGGGACCGCACCUAUGUAUGUGCAGUAAUCAUGUACAUGCCCGCAACUAUUGAUCUAGAGACAAAGCUGAAUUAGUCAC